CGGGCGACGGGAUCUCAAACCGAACACGAGACAGGGAGAGAUGCGAGAGAUCGAGAGGGACGUUGCCACGUUGGGAGCACGCGGCGAUUGCGAGCGCCGCCACCCUGAUCCGGAGCCCUACCCCCGAGCGGCCCAGACUCGCACGAUCUGGGGUUCGUGGGUUUCGCCACCAGAUUGGGGAAAAUCAAGUAAGCAUUGGACAAAUUGUUGAAUCUUAAGUUGACACGUAAAUGUGAAGGGGCAAGUUCUCUGCAACUGAAUAACUUGAGAGGGAUAUAUGGUUGACAUGAACUCUGAUCACGUUCUUGAGGCUCCUGACAUUCCUGAUCGAGUACAGCAGUCAACAUGCCCUGUCUCAAGCUCUGUUUCCAGGAGGGACAUUACUGUGGCGGGUACUAAUCCAUUUCCACGCAGAAGACUUAUAAUUAAAACCAGAGAUGAUUCCUUGCGUGGCCCAUCAAAUCAAGGCGAUGCUUGUAGUGUACCGCCUGCGCCUUCAGAUGCUGACCAUAUUUUCAGACAAGCUGAAUUGGCACGAAUUCUGGCAUUAUCAGAAGAUCUUGAAUUGAAAUUGUCCUCACAAACAUGCAACUUGACUUCAUGUACAUCUUCUGAGAAUGAAAUGAGGGCUGGAAAACAUGGUUUGGAUCAGCGCAGCAGCAUUUUGAACCACAUAAGUUGUAGUGGCACUGGAGGAAGGAGCUCUAGCUGCCAAAUUAGAGAUGGGGAGGUUAGUCAACGAGAUGCAAAUCAUCGGAAUGCAAACUUCCUUGGUGUGGGAUCAGGUCUUCCUACUAUCCCAGUGGGAAAGCCACGAAACAGAGCAGGUACUACCACCACCAAUAGGCUGAAGGUUGUAGCAGGUGCUGAUGUUUGUCCAGGAUCGAGAUCCGGGGAGGUCAAAGGGGAAGUGAUCACUAAUGAGGCCGUCGCAGAAUCUUCAAGCACUCCAUGUGUUGUUCCUCAAAGGCAUGUGGGUCACAAAAAGCUGGUCCGCAAUGGAUGUAUUUCUCCCUCUAACAUAGCCAAAAAAAGCGUAAAAGUUGAUGAAAAGCAAGAAAUGUGCUCUUCAAGUGGAGUUUUGCACCGUUCGUGUCCUCAGCUUGAUGUUUUGGGUAAAGGCAAUGUGAUUGAUCUCACUGAUAAUUUGCUAACAACAAGAAGGCAAGAAAGCACAGGAAAUGAUAGAUUGAUUUCUGCAAACAACAUGGACACAAGAACGGCAAAAAGGUUGAGAACAGACAUAGCUGGCAAGACAUUGGUUCCAUCGUAUGAAUAUCAUGUAAACAGAAGCAAUUGUUCUGGGGUUAGUUUAUCAGGUCGCAACAACAGAGGAAAAGAAAUUAGCCAUGAUUUCUUGGACAGUGAGCGGAUUGAAGAGGGUAAUAUGAGGAGGGUUCGUCUAACUGCUGGAGGAACUUCUUCUGUUGUAAACAACAGCAGCUAUGGUAUGAAUCCUGAGCAAGGUUGGAGAACAACACAUAAUCACACAAAUAAAUUACCCAUUUCAUUUAUGAGUAAGACAACUAGUAGUUGUGGACAAGAAUCAGGAUCUUCUGCGCCAUCUGAUCAGGAUCAUGGGUCUGCAGCAGGAGGCAAUAAUAACUUGCUUAGUGGAGCAACCACAAUACGGCCUGAACGUUUGGGGAAUAAAACUAUAAGGUUUUUUAGAGGGAGGAGGAAACAUGCCUCAAGUUCUUCCCAUCCUGGUGAAAGCUCUAGUGCUCUUGAUGAACCUACAGGUUCAUUGCUUGCAUCUUCAAGAAUAACGGCUGGCAGAAAUCAAACCACUCAUCAACAUGAUAUUCCUAUAAUAACCACUGAUGGCAUGUUCCCUGAAGUUAGACCUAGUUCGAGUGGAUACAGUAAUGGAACCUCGGUUGAUCCUACCAUACAAGCACAGUUGGAGUCUGAUGAGUUACUGGCUCGUCAACUUCAGGAGCAGCUUUACAAUGAAUCUCCUCACGUUGUCCCUACAGAAGGGAUUGAUGCAGUCGUAGCAAUGUCACUUCAACAUGAAGAUGAUGUACAUCGGGCUUCUAGAGCUGUUAGGCAGUCUCAAUACAAUACUGGACCUGUUUUUCCCAGAUAUCAUGGUGGUCCACACAUUCAACCUAACAUUGAUUUAAGUGACUACGAUGCACUACUUGCACUAGAUGAAAAUAACCACCAGCACACUGGUGCUUCAGAAAGUCAGAUCAAUAACUUGCCACAGUCAGUAGUUCAGUCGAAUAGCAUCGAAGAGCCCUGUGCUGUCUGCCUUGAAAAUCCCUCUGUGGGAGACACCAUCCGCCAUUUGCCAUGCUUUCACAAGUUCCAUAAAGAGUGUAUCGACGAGUGGCUGAGAAGAAAGAAACUGUGCCCAGUAUGCAAGUCUGGGAUUAGAUAAAGCGUACGGUUGUAGUUUUCUGUAGGUAGCGGUAGCGACGAGAGGCUGCGAUUUCUUGUUCUGGCUGCUUCUGUGCCAAUUCCUACAGUGCACUUUUUUGCCCCCAAUGGAUCGCUCUCAAUGUUUUGUGGGGCAUAAUUGCGUCAUUUCGUAUGUCUGCAUUUCUUACUAAUUUUUGUUAUAGAUUCAUCUAGUGGCAUGAAGGGUAUAGUUAAUUAGCUGACCGUCCGAUACGCCAUCGUUGCACGAUUUAAUCAAGAAGUGCAGUUUUUUUU